AUGGAUGUGAGUAUUCAAGUGACGUCCGCAUUACCAGGCACCAUAAGCAUCGACAACACAACGGCCACGGACAAGAGGAUCUCUCGGAUAGAUCAGUAUUACAGCAGGAAAGAUCGCCAGACGCAUUUCGCGAAGACAGCAAGGGGAGACAAGAGAACAAGAGAAAGGCUGGAGAAGCACACCCUCGUGAUACGAAGGAUCAUCAGCUACAGAGGAAUACCAGAAGGUACCGUGGUUGACAUCAAGUCUCUAAAAUUAGCAGCGGUUUUGCAAGACAUAUUCCGGGACGCCGACCAGUUGAUGCUGGCCCCAUCUAACAAGUCACCAGAGUUGGAACCGACCACUCUGUUCCUGGCCUGGGAGUCGUUGGAGGCCCGCCAAGCCCAGGAGAGCGCCAGACAGCCACCAGACAGUCAGCUUGUCGAUGAUAUAUCUAUUGCACUGGCCUAUCUGGACCAAGACUUUGGGUCACAGCGCAGCGAGCUGAGGGGACUCCUCACCGAUGGCCUGAUCAGCUAUGAUCUCUUGUGGAGCAUCUUUAUGCCAAGCUCUGCAAUCUAUGGCGAUCAAAACGACUUGGGGGAGGCACAAGUCAUGAAGUUCAAGCAUGGCGCGUACGGAGAAGACAGAGAAACCGGGGAGAAAUUUUACAGAGUGCACGCCUCCCUGAUUACACAUGAUUCGGAGGUCUUUGGCUGGGGAGAAAAGAGCAUCAGACUGCCCUUGUUCGAAGGCAAUAUGGCAAUCACUGAUCUGCUGGUGUUUCCACUUGACAUGCAUCCUGAGGAGAAAGCGAUUCGACAAAAGCUAACCGACCGCGGACGAAGCUUCAUCAAGCUUCUUGAAAAGCCGACAUGCAAAUGGUACGGCACCACGGCGACGCGCUCCGAACGGGUGGGAGCAUCCUGGGAAGAAGUCCAGUUCCUGGCUAGUCGGCGUGUCAUGAUCGACCCACCAACUUGGAUGGUCCAUAGCUACGCCCUGGACAAAUUGCGUUGGCCACUAGUCAGGAACAGAAAGUCAAACAAGCUGCAUUUAAGCUCGGUCAAGGAUGAUGACUUGAUGUUCUGCAACCAUCGAAUUCUCGGCUUCAGCUUUGACGAAAAACAAUGGGGCGCGUUCACUGUCUCCAAGCUCAAGGACCCCAGGUGGAACGAGGCCGCCUUCGACAGGGUCGUCCUGCCCGGGAAGCAGCUUGGACUGAUCAAGGACCUGAUUCGCUCUUACCGCACACGCACCGACGACGGCGACAACGACGACGGCUUCGACGACAUCAUCGACGGUAAAGGGAGGGGCAUGGUCGGUCUGUUGAGCGGGAGGCCGGGCGUAGGCAAGACGCUCACGGCCGAGGCGGUUGUCGAGGUUUCGCACCGGCCGUUGUACAGCGUCUCAGCCGGGGAACUGGGCACUUCGGCCGGCGAUGUCGACAGGCAGCUUGGCAAGGCCCUCGACAUAACCUGUCGCUGGAGCUGUGUGCUGUUGAUUGACGAGGCUGAGGUCUUUCUCCACAAACGAGACGACUACAACCUAGGGCGAAACGCGAUCGUGAGCGUCUUCUUGCGUCGCCUCGAAUAUUUCCAAGGAGUUGCAAUCUUGACGACCAACCGAAAAUUAGACAUUGACAUCGCUUUCAUGAGUCGUAUCCACUAUAAAUUUCAUUACAACGACCUGAGUUCCUCAGUACGGCUUGCGGUAUGGAAGAAUUUUAUUGGGCCUGACAUUUCUGGCCUUGGGGCGAGCAACGAGGAGGAUGGAAUUGGGCAGCUAGCUGAGGAGUACGCGCUGAGCGGACGAGAAAUCAAGAACGCCGCAUUCUGUGCCAAGUCGAUUAGCCGAGUUCGGAACGAAGCCCUGUCCCUCGAGCUCAUCAGGAACACCAUCGAAUCCCUUGGCUUGGCGCCGUGCCCUGCUGCCAGGAAGGCAGCGACGCAACGGGAAUUCGUCGAGGAACAAAAAGUUAGCUUUGACUACCAAGCGCACGGCUCUGGAUAA